AAUGAAUGUAGAUGACAUAAAAAACAAAUUAAAAGAAUUAAAUAAGAAACAAUAAGAAAGUUUAAAUAAAAGAAAAAGUUUGAUAAAAGAAAUAAAAAGCAUGCCCUUUUAGUAAUUUUUAUUUAAUAUGAUAAUAGAAAGAAUAAUCAUAAAAUUAAGAAAUCUAAGGAUGAAAAUGAAAAGGUAAUUUAUAGAAUACGAAUGUUUUGAAGACUUUUGUAAUCAAUCUUGAGGGUGCAAAGGAGGAACGUGCUGAAAAGUAAAAGUAGCUUGAUCAAAAAGUACCCAUUGCCUAGAAAGAGAAGGAUAGAAGAAUAGUAAAAUUUCUAUUUGGAAACCAUUUAUAAAGAGCAAAAUAAGAUUUAGAAGGAGAAAAAUAAAAAGUAAUUUAUAGUAUCAUAUCAAUUUAGUUGGAUAAACAAAUUGAAAUCAAUAAAAGACUUGAGGAUAAAGACAGACAAGAUAUAAUGGCUUUUAAAGAAGAUUAAGAUGUAUAUUAUAAUAUAUAGAAAAUAGAAAAGAAAGGAAUAAUUGGUGACAGAGAGAAAACAAUUAGAGAGAGAAUUGGCAGCAGAUGAAUUUAGAAGACAAGUAAAUAUUAUAACAAUUAUAUAUAGUAAUUAUUAUUGGAGCUUUAAUUAAAAACUAUGAGAGAGUUUUUUAUCACUAAGUAAAUUAUAUAUCUUAAGAAAUUAUUAGAACAGCUCCAUAUAUAUUAUGGUAACCAGUUAAGACAAAUGAAGGUAUGAAUCCUCUUAAAGAAUAUAGUAAUGAGAGAUUCAAUGUAAGAAAUAUAUUAAAUUUUUGAUUAGGAAAUGGAAAAAGACCUAAAAGAGAGAUUAUAAAGAGCAUAUUAAUAAUUUCUUGAUUUUUAGAGUCAGAAAAUUAAAGAGCAGCCAGUUGAAUAAGAGCAUGAAAGUUCUCAAUCUGAAAGUGAGGAAUCUUAGGAGAAAAUAAAGGAAGAUGGGUAAGAAUGAU